UCAGUUUCUCAUUGCAGGGUGAGAGCUCUGAGUUCCGGUGUAAGAGAAAAGAGACGUGGCGAAAUUGCUGUAUAUCUCUGCCCUAUAAGCACAUCUCUCAUUUAGACUGAAGGGAAACAAGGCAUCAAAAAGGCUGCGCAAACCAUGCAGGAUGAUUUACUGAUGGACAAAAGCAAAGCCCAGCCCCAGCAGCAGCGGCAGCAGCAGCAGCAAGAUCCAAACUCAGCAGAAGCCCCCUCUACGCCCAUCUCGUCAGAGACGCCCAAGCCAGAAGACAGCAGCUCAGUGACUAGUAUCGGCACAUCGGCUCCUUCCCAAAAUAGCAAGGAGAAGAUGCAGAUGGAGUCUCCCAUUUUGCCUGGCUUGAGCUUUCACCAGCCUCAACAAGAACCUGCAGCCGGCACCUCCUUGUCUCCCUCCUUCGGCAGCACCUGGUCGACGGGGACCACAAACACGGUGGAUGAUAGCUUUUUCCAGGGGAUUACUCCGGUCAAUGGAACAAUGCUUUUCCAGAAUUUUCCACACCAUGUCAACCCUGUAUUUGGUGGCACUUUCUCUCCUCAAAUUGGCCUAGCUCAGACUCAACACCACCAACAUCAGCAGCAGCAGCAGCAAGCUCAGCAGCAGCAGCAGCAGCGGAGGUCUCCUGUGAGCCCUAAUCAGGCGCCUUUUGCCCAGAGAAAUGCUGCUUACAGCCAUCAGCCCAUCAUGACCAGCAAACCGUCUUCCUCUUCUGCAUCCUCUUCUUCUUCCUCCAGCUGGAAUAACCAUCAAAAUGCAGCUUGGAGUACACCUUCCAACCCUUGGGGUGGGCUGCAGGCUGGUAGGGACCCUCGAAGGGCAGUUGGAGUGGGGGUUGGCGUGGGAGUGGGGGUCGGUGUACCCUCCCCCCUCAAUCCCAUUUCACCCCUUAAAAAACCAUUCUCCAGCAAUGUCAUUGCCCCUCCGAAGUUCCCACGGGCUGCACCCUUAACCCCCAAAUCCUGGAUGGAAGACAACGCGUUCAGGACGGACAAUGGCAACAAUCUGUUGCCUUUUCAGGACCGGAAUAGGCCCUAUGACACUUUUAACUUGCACUCUUUGGAAAAUUCCUUAAUGGAUAUGAUAAGGACUGAUCAUGAGCCUCUGAAAGGUAAACACUACCCUCCCAGUGGCCCACCAAUGAGUUUCGCUGAUAUAAUGUGGAGGAAUCAUUUUACAGGGCGUAUGGGAAUAAACUUCCAUCAUCCAGGAACGGAUAAUAUUAUGGCCCUUAACAGUCGGUCUUCACUCUUUCCUUUUGAAGAUGGCUUCCUAGACGACAGCCACGGUGAUCAGUCUUUAUCAUCGGGUCUCAGCUCUCCAACACGCUGUCAGAAUGGUGAAAGAGUGGAACGCUAUUCUAGAAAGGUGUUUGUUGGAGGUCUUCCUCCUGACAUUGAUGAAGAUGAGAUCACUGCCAGCUUUCGUAGAUUUGGACCUCUUGUGGUGGACUGGCCUCACAAAGCUGAAAGCAAGUCAUAUUUUCCACCUAAAGGUUAUGCCUUCCUGCUGUUCCAGGAAGAAAGCUCUGUACAAGCUCUGAUAGAUGCCUGUCUGGAAGAAGAUGGGAAACUUUACCUGUGUGUAUCAAGUCCCACCAUCAAGGAUAAACCAGUGCAAAUUCGCCCUUGGAACCUAAGUGACAGUGACUUUGUGAUGGAUGGGUCUCAGCCUUUGGACCCAAGAAAGACUAUUUUUGUUGGAGGAGUUCCACGGCCCCUCCGAGCUGUUGAAUUGGCAAUGAUUAUGGACCGUUUAUACGGAGGUGUCUGCUAUGCUGGCAUUGAUACAGACCCAGAGUUGAAGUACCCAAAAGGUGCUGGCAGAGUGGCUUUUUCUAAUCAGCAGAGCUACAUUGCUGCUAUCAGUGCUCGCUUUGUCCAGCUCCAACACAAUGACAUUGAUAAACGGGUGGAAGUGAAGCCAUAUGUGCUGGAUGAUCAGAUGUGUGAUGAAUGCCAAGGCACUCGCUGUGGUGGAAAAUUUGCUCCGUUCUUUUGUGCCAAUGUUACCUGUUUGCAGUAUUACUGUGAAUACUGCUGGGCAAGCAUACACUCUCGUGCUGGGCGAGAGUUCCACAAACCACUGGUAAAGGAGGGAGGUGACCGACCCCGCCACGUGCCGUUCCGCUGGAGCUGAACCCCAGGCCUCCCCCAGCAACAAGUACUGGAGUAGAUAAAAUCGAGGGAAAAAGAGAGCGCUGCCUCAGGGCUUAGUGUUCUGGAAAUUUGUGCAUUCGUCCUCGACUUUAAUGAAGAUAUGGGUCUUUUUAUUACUAUUAUUAUUAUUUACAGUCACAUUACUGAACUCAGUGUCCAGUAUGAUACAAACCGGCAGAGUGUAACUGUACUGAUUUUGCACUUUGAUUCACACAAACAUCUGCUUGGUACCUUAAUUUCCUACACAAGACUUGUCACUAGUGACAUUAUGUAGACUGCCAUUCUCAUCAGCCUUCACUGGGUUGAUGUGUACGUGAUGAAGAUUUUUUUAUUAUAAUUAUAGUUAUUUUUAUUUUUAAACUGGAGCAUGCACUUAUUUUCAGAAAUUUAGACUUGCCCCUAGCAGAUGACUUACCAAAGGUAAUAUUCACAAGUAGGUGGCAGAUGUAGCAAAAACUUAUCAGAUAUUCAGCAAUUGUUAGUUUGGGUCAUUUAGCGUAGUAAUAACCCUUAAAGAAAAUAAGCCUUUAGUUGCUCUCCAUUUUUGACUUGUAAGGAUGAUACCUCAUAAGCUGGAUCAGACUUUUUUUUUUCUUUUGUUUUGCUAAGGGUUUUUCUUUCUUUUUUUUUUUUUUUUUUUUUUUUUCUUUUUUUUUUUUUUUGUUAGGUCUCUUAGUGUUAUGUAAAUGUAUGCUGCAAUAGCUUUUGCUGCUAUUAAAAUGGUAUUACUAAUACCAGAAUACUCUAUUCAGGCUAGGGUAUCAAUUAAAAAAUGAAUAUGUGAUUAAAAUAGUGAUGGCUGCUGAAAGGAGAUCAGUAUAGCAUACAGAAAAGCUUCCAAGGAAGGUCAAUAUUUUUUGACUGCAUGUUUACUUAAUCAGGUUGCUGCAUGCAAUAAAUUUUAUAUAUGUCUAAUAUAAAACCUGCCCACAAUGCACAAAUUACGAGUCUACUUAGGUGACAAAAUAUUGAGUAACAAAGAAAAAAAAACUGAUUACUGACUGGAGGAAGGCAUGCCUCAGUAAAAUGUAAUGCUUCUGAAAUUAGGAUCAGCCCAUUACAGAAUGACCUAUACUACAACAGAUAUAAAAACUAGCUGUAGGAUAUUCAUAAAACAAAUUUGUGGAUGGUAGAUGAAGUACUUUGCGGUGCUCUGUUAUAUAUCGUGCAAUUUAUUUUAUAUAGUAAGGUGAUUAUGUCUAGUACUGUGAUCAAACUUAACUGUUAAAGCCUCUGUAUCCGACAUUAACACACUCUUGACAGUUCAUAACAGGUACAUAAACAGAAAUGAGCUCUUACUUACAAUCUCUCUCCUAACGCUUGCACCAGUUACGUAGUUGCAGACUUUGUCCAGAAAACCAAAGAGCUCAUACUAGCAUACAUACACUACCAACUAGAUAGUCUGUCAACCUAAUGAACUAGGCACAUUUAAGAAAGUUAGAAAAAGAAGUGGUGCUAAAGAAAUGUCUGCAUAUAAAAGUAACAUGAGAUGUCUGCUCUGUGGAUGUGGCGUUAUCUCUCUAAUCCCUGGAUGUAUCCUGUGAAGCUUGAACACAAUUAAGACCUGCUAACACAGUGGACAUUUUUUUAGCAUGAACUAUGGGGCUGCAGAUAGCAUAUAAAUAUAAACACACUUGGUAUACUAACGAUUGUGAGAAUGUGUACACUAUUUUUUUCUUUUUUUUUUUUUUCCUUUGUUUUUGCAGUUCUGGGGACAAUCUGACUGGAUAUGACACCGCAUAGUAGAUGUAAAUGUUCUGGGUUUUGUUUGUCGUGAUGUCCUCGUUUGUGUCUAAUUUAGUAAGCUGUUUUUCCCAGUGUUUAGUUGCGAGUAUUGGCUUUGAAAGGAACUUUUCUGUUUUUGAAGAAAAAAAAAAAGAAAAAAUAGUUUUUUACUGGUUUAAAAUGCUAAUUAUAAUUAUCCCUUUUGAGGUUACUUCUGGGCAUUUUUGUGAUAUUGCUUUUCCCAGCCCAGGUGUCUUUUCUGUUUUUUCAUCUGUACAAGACAUUUUGUUAUGCACUACUUUUUGUAUCUAGACAGUUUUCAACAGUCGGCUGAUGAUUUUUUUUAAAGAAAAAGGCAUGCUUUCUGACUGACAUGAUCUUUUGCAAUACCUCAAUUUUGAAAUAUAGGAAAGAAAAUGAUAUUUUCUAAGUAAGUUUAUUCAGAAAAAUAUAUAUUAAUUUAAUUCUGCAAGAAAAA